UGCACUGUGUCCCUCGGACACAGCGGAUCACGGAAAGAGCCGAAGAUGGGACAUGUACACUGAUCAUCAGGGCACUGAUGAUCAGUGUACCCUGAUGAUCAGUGUGGCCCCAGAAGUGCCACCUGUCAGUGCUCAUCAAUGCCACGUGCCAGUGCCCAUCAGUGCCAAGUGCCAGUGCCCAUCAGUGCCACAUCAAUGCCACAUAUCAGUGCAUACCAGUGCACAUCAAUGCCACAUAUCAGUGCCCAUCUGAGCUGCCUUUCAAUGUCACCCAUCAGUGCCAGUCAUGCCAGCUAUCAAUGUCAAUCAGUGCCACCUAUCAGUGCUGGCAAUCAGUGC